CCUAGCCUCGAAUAUAUAGAACAUUCAUAUGCCGACCACACGAGGCCAAAAGCGCGACGCAGAGAUGGAGGCUGCCCUGAAACUCUUCUUCUCAAGCCCGCGUUUUGCUGUCGCCGGCGCGUCUUCCGAUCCACACAAAUACGGACAUAAGAUAUUCGCGUGGUAUCUCCAGCACUCCCUUCCCGCAACGCCUUUGAACCCGCGGAGCCCGAGUGUCACUAUCUCGAACCGUACUCACACCACCGUGCCUUCGCCGACUGCUCUUCAAGACCCACCAGCAUCCAGCUACUCUCUGUCAGUUAUUACGCCACCUGCAGUGACGAAGCAGUUGCUCAAAGAGGCGAAGGAGGCUGGCAUCCCGGCUGUAUGGCUCCAACCUGGAAGUUUCGAUGCCGAAGUUCUAGAGUACGCAAAAGCUAACUUCAAGGCGGCGAUUGGCGGUAAUGGAGGUAGGGGAGGAGAAGGGUGGUGCGUGCUUGUUGACGGAGAGGAAGGAAUGAGGUUAGCCGGAAGUGAAGCGUCGAGACUUUGAAGUAAAACGAAGGUCGACAAAGUAGUAGGUGUUGCUUCCUACGCUGGCUCUCUGAGGUGUCACGAUAAUGCCCACGAAUGAUCGAGAUACACUGUAUUUCAUACUAAGGAGAUGAU